AUGCAGUGGCAGACGUGUGUGUUACUGCUGUGUGUGACGGCCACAUUGGCGGACGACGAAUGGCGAGAAGUGAACACUGCGCAAGGGCCUGUGCGCGGGCGCAAGCACCCUACGGAGGAUUUAUACACAUUCUUCAGUAUACCUUACGCCACUGCUCCUGUCGGAGUAGACAAGUUUAAGGCUCCUCUCCCGCCCCCGAAAUGGUCUGAACCAUUUGAUGCUAUCAAUAAAGGCAUAAUAUGCCCGCAACCCAUGCAUCCAUUAGACGACAUUUAUGAAGAAUCCCUUGUGCAACAAGAAAAUUGUCUCAUCUCCAAUUUAUAUGUACCAAAUACAGUUGAGAAGAAUCUUUCAGUCGUAGUAUAUGUUCAUGGAGGAGGAUUCGUUAUGGGUUGGGGAGAAAUGUUUCAAGUGACACAAUUAAUGAAGAAAAAAGAUAUAAUCGUUGUCACAUUCAAUUAUCGUCUAGGUGUCCAUGGCUUCCUUUGUCUCGGUACUGAAGUUGCGCCAGGCAAUGCUGGAAUGAAGGACCAAGUGGCAUUGCUGCGUUGGGUACAAGAAAAUAUCGCCAGCUUUGGCGGUAACCCAAAUGACGUCACAAUCAUAGGUUACAGUGCAGGAUCUUCAUCAAUAGACCUGUUAAUGCUAUCUAAGUCCGCCGAAGGAUUGUUCCAUCGAGCUAUACCAGAAAGUGGGUCUAACCUUGCCGCAUUUUCAGUUCAACGUGAUCCUAUAGAAAUCGCCAAAACAUAUGCCAAAAUACUCAAUUUUACUGAUGUAGAAAAUAUUGCUGCUUUGACAGAGUUCUACACAACGACUCCACUGGAAUUCUUAACUUCUUCAACGGCCGUUUUUGAGAGCACCGAUUCUACUUUUAUAUUUUCACCAUGUGUAGAGCGAGACAUUGGAGAGGAAACUUUCUUGACAGAAUCUCCUUUGAGUAUACUUAAGACGGGAAAUUAUAAGAAGGUACCCGUAUUGUAUGGUUUCACUGACAUGGAGGGAUUAAUGAACAUGUUUCUCUUCGACCUUUGGAAAAAUAAAAUGAACGAAAAGUUUUCUGAUUUCCUACCCGCUGACCUGAAAUUUGAGUCUGAGGAACAGAGAGAAGAAGUCGCCAAUGAGAUUAAACAAUUUUACUUUAAAGGAAACCCGGUUAGUGAAUUGACUGUCUUAGGAUACGUUGAUUAUUUCUCCGACGUACUGUUCACUCAGUCAAUACUUUGGACAACUAAGUUACAAGUGGAAGCUGGCAAUAAUGAAAUGUAUUUGUACGAAUACUCAUUCGUAGACGAGGACACACCUGUGGUGCCACAUACCAAUAUUCAAGGAGUUACCCAUUGUGGUCAAACAUUUGCAGUAGCUGAUGGUAUAAAUGGUGUAAAUUUAAAUGAAUCACUAGCAACACCAGAGCACCAAGAAAUGAAGAAGAUAAUGCGAGAAAUAUGGCACAACUUUAUUAAAACUGGAAAACCUUUGUCUGAAAAUUCGUCGCUGCCAGCGUGGCCCGCUACCGGCGUUGACAGGUCACCCCACAUGUCGCUGGGUCAGAAGAUAGAGCUGCGUGGGGUACUGCUAGAAGAACGCACACGCUUCUGGGAAGACAUCUACCAAAGAUAUUACCGGGAGCCUGUACCACCAUCGACUAUGAACUAUGCCCCAAAAUUUGAAAAAAUAUAA